CAGCAUCAGAGUGGAGUGGAAACAGGAAGAGGAGGCGAGGGGGAGAAAGGAGACAGAGGAGAGGAUCGGGUGAGACAAGGUGGCGAGGAGUGACAGGGAGGAAAAGGGGAGCAGAGGGCUGCCUGGACCAAAGACAAAAAAAAAAGAAAAAAAAAAGAAGACAGGAGCUAGCAGCUAUUUAAAGGUAUCUGAGACUGCACCGGUCUGCUGCCUUGCUAUUCCUGACUGAUAGAUCAACGAGUUUGGACCACAAAGUCUGUCUCCCCCUUCUGUCUCAGUAGUCGCUGCAAGACUGCCACUUGCUCUCAGGUGUGAAGAGGAGGGCCUCCCAAACACAGACCAAGACUGGCUGCAUGUAUCACCCAGCAGAGCUUUACUCUGGCCGAAACACAUGGGACUCCUAUCCAGUUGGAGGACCAAACAGAGGACAAUGGGCACCUUUAAAUGGUCGCCCCUGGAGCCACACACAAAGAUACCAAGAAGGGCGCAAUCAAUCGCAUCAUUCACCAUCAAGUCGUCUUUAUAAUAGAGGGGACAGAACAGUCAACCAUGUUCAUGACAAGGGCAUGUCAACGGGACACCGGCAGCUGCACCGAAUUUGGGAUAAUAAAGAGCGUCAGUUUGAGGCCCAGAACUGGCAUCAUAACACCACACGCUCGUUCAACAACCCAACUAGCACCAGCAACAGUUACCUAGCGGGACCCGGACAGCACUUGGGACAGCAAUGGAACAACAACUUUGGGGGUCCUCGUCUGAAUCGCAACAACAGGGAACUGCAGCCCCCGCCGGACCGAUGGGCGUCCUCUGACUGCCGCAGGAGCUUCCCUGGCAAAAUGGCAAACAGCAGAGAAGAACCGUGGAAACGGCCAGCCAUCCACCAGCGGCGAGAGCAACUGCACCAGCACAGCCCUCCCCAACAGCACCUAAUAUCUCAGAGGGAUGCAUGUCCUGCGACGAGGAGACGAGACUUGGGCCCUGAUCAGUCGUCUCAUCCUGGAUCAAGGCAUUUACCUUUACUUGCCCCAUCGCCAUCUCGACACCAUCGCUGCAACCAAGAUGACUGGCAGACUCUUAAUGACAGGACAGGUCCUCGCCAUCAAUCUGACCACAGGACCUCAAUAACACAACAACAAGAAACCUCUCAACUGCGAGCUGGAGGCCAUGGCUUCGGUAACUCGGAACCUCUAAACCAGAGCUGCGGCAGCAGACCACCACAUCACGGUAACAGAGGGAGGGUCGAACGUAAAAUCUCGGCUUCACCAGCAGACCACACCCGUGUGCCUUACAGCCAGCAAAACCAUCAUUACCACCAUCAACGGGACCCAAAUCACCCCAGAGCACCACAGCACAACACCCCAGCAUACCCCGUUGAGGAAAAGGACUUACGGAGUCAUCACCACAAACAAAGCACAGAAACUCAGCGCUCUCAUCUAAAAGGAAAUUCAAGGGAUUCAGUCCUUUGCAAGAGUCCUGCUACAGACUCUCCUCCCUUUUCACCCGAUUAUUGCAGUCUUAAAAAUGUAGGUUUCACCUUCGGCCGUCCAGGUGCUCCAUCCAGUCCCUCUUCAUACACCACGGCCAGUGGCAGAAAAGAUUCAGCAGACAUUCAGCCAUGCUGUCCAACCUUCAGUGAACAGCAGAAACUCAAAACAAGCCCCAGUCAUGCUACGAGAUCUUGCCUGACAUCCACCCCACCUCUUACAUCACACACCUCAAAAUCCAGGUUUUCAGAUCCCAAACACAGAAAGAACUCCAUCUGUUCACGACAGUCUCCCCUCACCAAAUCGAGAGCGAACAUGCCUGGGAAGGAGUUAGAGGAACUGAAAAAACCUGAGCACAAACAAAAAAGUAAGCUGAUGAAAAGGAAGAGAAAGAAUGAUGCCGAAAAAGCAAAAGAUGAGGAUAGGAAAAGGAGGAAGAAAAAAGAGGAAAGAAGGCUAGGUGAGAAGAAGAGAAAGAGGGAUAAAUCAAUUAAGAAGAAAAGAAAACUAGGAUUGAAAACUAAAGUCCAAAAAAAGGAAAAGUUUUCUUCCAUUUCUGCUCCCUCCUGUCCAGAAGAGGCCAAAAUUAAUCAAAUGGAAACUACAUCUUCAUCCCAAGAUAGUUUAAAAAAGGCACCCCCAAAACACAAACACAGGGAGAAGACUAAACAAACAGGGAGGACAUCAGACUGGCCAUCCACUGAAAUGCCUCACCCCAGCUGUGCUUCGCAGCAUCUAUCCUCAAAACAUGAAAAAAUACCUGAAAGUUAUAGCAGUUCUCCAGAACUCCCAGUUAAGGAACAGCCCGCCAGCCCCAACCAGACCAGCAAUGUCACAUCGCUUUCAGAAGAUGGACCAAAAGUGAAGUCUGAUGACAUAUUUCCUUCUCUCAUAUGUAAGGUCGUAUCACCUUUUAGUACCACGUGUUCUGUUAGCUUAGAGCAGCUCGUUAACAGCCAAGAAGGAGGGCACGGAGGAGUUCUCAGUGCCCCAGACCUUCAGCCUGUGGCCGUGCUGGGAAAUUUGAUGGAAACGGGGGACAACCUUGCCAACACUCCUCCUGUCCUCAGCUGGCAGGGGUCUCCUGUGUCAGAUCUUGAAGAUGAGGAAGAGCUUGAAAAGGGUGUAAUACAUAGACCUGUCCUCCAACCCAGCCCCACCCAGUGCUUUUCACCUCCUCCUGUAGACAGUGAAACAAAUGAUGCUAUGGAUAAGGAGCUUUGUGAUGGAGCGUCUGAUGGUUAUUCCCACAACGGCACAUCUGAAAUCUGUGAUCAACCGGAUAAAGAAAUUGCCAAGGAGAGAAAUGAAGAAGAGGUGAACAGCAGUGGGAAAACAUCUGACUUACUUCUCAGUGAGCUCCACCAUCAUAAAACCGAUUUGGACGAUGUCUUCAAGAGUCUCGCCACCUUCCUUGAAGGGCAGAGGGUUACGUGUCGCGGCGGCCCGUUUGGUGGGGCUGCCACAAAAGGAGCAAAGUACUCAUCUUCUCUUGCAGUGGUGCCAGAAAUUCGCAGUGAUGAGAAUCAAGAUCUUCUCCUUAAAUCAGCUCCUAUGGCAUCCUCUGAAUCCAAUAAUCAAUCACCAACUCACACUACCUCAGAUUCACUUCUAAAACUCCACAGUUUGUCAUAUCCAAGUGAGGCUGCCACUAACGCCAAAGUGCAGGAUAAACGGAAAGAAGCUGAGAGUGAUGUAAAACAGAAACAAGAGGGGAAGGAUGCCAAAAUCCUCCUGGAGAGAACAAACCCAUCUCUUUUAGAGGGAUCGCUGAGUGCAGAGCUGACCGUGACCACAGCACAUACAGCCUCUUUCACCAGUGUCAUUUCUGUCACUACUAAGGAGGACAGAGGAAACAGCAAAGAGACAGAGCACACAAAUAGAAACAGAAAGAGAAAACUUAAGGAUAAAGGUGUAGGAAGUAAGACAGAGAUCAAAACUAAGAUUAAGAGAGACGACAACAAGGGUAAAAGUAAAGCUAAUAAAAUCAAGGAUUUGAAAAAGAGGAAUGUUUCAAUCUCUGUCUCAGUCAACUCCAGAAGCUGUCCCAGACCCCUCACAGACAGUUUGAAGGGCCAGAUUUCUCAGGAAAAUCAAGACAUCAAGAGAGAAUCAUUAGACAUAAAGAGAACAACAGAUAACAAGGUGGAAGUGAGCGAGUUAAAAAAUAACUCAACCUUGGACACCAACACCUCAAAUAUAGUCUCAGCUGCAACAAUCACUACAUCCAAGUCAGGUGCUCCCACACCAGCAAGCAAAUCCCCCUGCUCACAAGUUCCAGUGGAUCCACUAAAAGUGAAAGCGUCUGUGAGCUUAUGUAAGGAGCUUAAGAUUGUCUUGGUUAGAAUGGACACUGCUGGAAGGCAAACGUUUAACAUAUCAGAGCUGGUGGGGAAAAAAAUCCCACUUUCCAAGAUCAACAUCCAAAACACAGCCACUGAAGUGAUCAGAGCAUGCAAGGGGACAAGGUUAAACAGGAAGUUCAAGGAGUCAUACCUGCUUCCUGCCUUCUCUGUUAAACCCAACAUUGGCAUAGAGACCCUUAUUCCUCGGGAAAAGCUGAACCCACCCACACCAAGCAUUUAUUUGGAAAGUAAGAGGGACGCCUUCUCUCCAGUUCUGCUUCAGUUCUGCACUGAUCCCAAAAAUGCUGUUACAGUCAUCCGAGGCCUGGCUGGGUCUCUCCGCCUUAACCUUGGUUUGUUCUCCACCAAAUCUCUGGUUGAGGCCAAUUCAGACCAUGCCGUGGAAGUGAGGACUCAGGUGCAGCAGCCCGCAGAUGAGAACUGGAAUUCAAAUGGCUCAUUGCAGACGUGGCCAUGUGAAAGCAGCCGCUCACACACCACCAUCGGCAAAUACGCCCAGUAUCAAGCCUCCAGCUUCCAGGAAAGUCUGCAGGAGGAGAAAGAGAGUGACAAUGAGGAGGAAGAAGACGAGACUUCAGACUCAUCAGCUGCCACAAAAGCAGCUCUGACGUUCACUAAUGGUAAAGUCAGUCCCACCUCAACAGCAAACAAAACCAGCUCCGAUCCUGCCCUCAGCAAAGACAUGACCAGCCUGGACCCAAAAACAGCCAAAAAGAUCAUUAAAUUCGGGACCAACAUUGAUCUCUCUGACCCUAAAAGGUGGAAGCCCCAGCUGCAGGAACUGCUGAAGCUACCAUCUUUCAUGCGAGUGGAAUCCAGCAACAACAUGCUCAGUCUUGUUGGUCACACCAUCCUGGGCAUGAACUCUGUCCAGCUCUAUAUGAAGGUGCCAGGAAGCCGUACACCAGGUCAUCAAGAAAACAACAACUUUUGCUCUGUCAACAUCAACAUUGGUCCUGGUGACUGCGAGUGGUUUGCAGUCCAUGAACACUACUGGGAAGCUAUCAACAAAUUCUGUGAUAAACAUGGAGUAGACUACCUUACGGGGUCCUGGUGGCCAGUCCUGGAGGACCUCUACAGUUCCAACAUCCCUGUGUACCGCUUCAUUCAGAGACCGGGGGACCUGGUGUGGAUUAAUGCAGGGACUGUUCACUGGGUUCAGGCUGUGGGCUGGUGCAACAACAUUGCCUGGAAUGUGGGACCACUGAACUCUUAUCAAUAUCAACUCGCCCUGGAGCGAUUUGAGUGGAAUGAGAUGAAGAAGGUCAAGUCAAUAGUUCCUAUGAUACAUGUUUCAUGGAAUGUGGCCCGCACCAUCAAAAUCACAGAUGAGGAGACCUUUAAGAUGAUCAAACACUGCCUGAUGCAGUCCAUCAAGCACAUCCAGAUUCUGAGAGACCAGCUGGUGGCUGCUGGAAAGAAAAUCUGUUACCAGGGCCGCGUGAAGGACGAGCCAGCCUACUACUGCAAUGAGUGUGAUAUGGAGGUGUUUGACCUGCUGUUUGUGACCAGUGAGCACGGCUGUAAGAAAACCUAUGUCGUACACUGUGAGGACUGUGCCAGGGCUAAGAGCUCAAUGCUGGAGGGGAUGGUGGUGCUGGAACAGUACAGAAUGGAAGAGCUGAUGAGGACCUAUGACAGUUUUGUGCUGACUCCAUCACCUUUUUCAAAGUGAGGACUCCACCACUCACGUCUUUCAGCCAUAACCAAAACUCUAAUGGCAGCACAAAUUUUGUCUUCAAGGCAAACUGCUCCUGCAAACACUUUCUCAAUCAGCCAAUCACGUUUACUUGGUCUUGUUUACAUCACACAAAAAGGUAUGGAUACUCAGCCAAUCCAACUACACCGCACUGUCUUCCCCAUACCAGCUGCAGAUUGGACGUGUGUUUUGAAAUAGAAUGACUAGACUGGUUUCUUCUCACGAAAAGCAUUUUAGGCAAGUUAAAAGAAAAAAAAACACAAUGUGAGCACUGUUAGCACUGAAAAUCAGGUUCUCUAUGUUCAACGGACACUGCUGUGAUUUAAAAGCGUCAAGUAGCCGGUUCUGUGUAUUGAUUCAGGUACUUUUAUGCAAAUUCAGUAACUCUUUUUUUCUUUUUUAUUUCUUUUUACACCAAUCUAGUUAUUCUAUAUGUCCAUGAAUUUGCUGUGAUUCUAUUGUACCAGCAGGGGAGUCACUUCACAGGAGAAGUAGCUGAUUGUCACAUUGGGUAUCAUAUUGGUUCCUGUUUAUGUUUGGUAUUCAGGUAAACUCUGACAUUUGUAAUUCCUGUCUGUAAACUCUUUGAGGUGCUAUUCCAAUCUUACUUAUUCUCCUUAGAUACUUAAAAAGUUUUACCAGCCUAGAAGUACACCACAUUGGCCUUGUGAACUGUAUUUAGAGGAGAGGUAAUUAGAUGAUUAAACACACACAUACGGUUUUAUGUAAGUAUUGGAAAAGGAGUCAAAAUUUUUUGUCAGUUUAUCUAAAAUACGGGUUUACUAGAGAACUAGUAUGGUUUCAUUCUUAUUUGGAAAUUAAAGUGUGUAAAGGAAAUUUGACUUUUUUUGUGCUGGCUUUUUCACAAGUCCUGUAAAAUGGUGAUUAAUGUAGUUUGUAUAAUACACCAAGAAAACAGACAUACAGUAGUGUCGUUUUCACUUUUGGAAUGGGAAAAAUCCCAGUUUUAUACCUCUUUUGUUGCAAUGUUCUUGUUUCUAGAUGACAGAGAAAAUAAAUACUUGUAAAUUGUGAAUGAAUUUAUGAAAUACACAGUGGUGUGCAUAGACAGGGUGCAGAGAAAGAUAAUGGGGGAUUCAUUGAAGUGCCCCAUGAAAUCACACAUGCAAAGAUGUAGGCAAUCAUAAGCUAAUGCAAAAAUUAAAAAAAAAAAAAGAAAACACAAAGCAGGCUGUAGAGCAUUUCACCAUCUCCAUUCUGUAAACAAACAUCUGUCCGGGGGGAGUUCAGCUUCACACACUGCCAUGGGAUUCACGUACUGUAUUCUUAAGACUGAGAUGAUGAAGAGCACAUGAACACAUAAGGAAGGUGCACGUUUCAUCUAUAGCUGUUCACCAUUAAUUAUGUCUUUAUAUUUGAACCACAAAUGUAUUUGGAUGUAAACUUUUCUCAUUAUUAGGUUGUGUUUUGCAUUUGUGCUUUUUCUUUUGUCUCGAAAAAGGUUAAAAUACAAACCUAACUAAUAACAUUAAUGCAGCUAUUUUCCAAUAAGAAAUUUUCACCUCUUUCUUUAAUGUAAUAAAACCAAGAAGCACACCAUGCAGGAUGUUUUAUACUGUAAAACUCAGCUUGCUGGUGCUCUCAUUGAUGUAAUGGUGUGUUUCUAAGUAACCUCAUUUGCAUACAUUCGCUUAUAGUUCAUUUUGUGCAGUAACUACUUUGAAGUACCGUCAAUAGCUCGUAUUACACAGAAUGUCUCUAUUACUCACUGGUUUGUGGUCACAAUUUGAAUGGCAGGUUGGUCACUGUUAUAUAGUUGUUACAUAUAUUUAACACCCCUGUCUCCCCCCCAAAAUGACAAGUUUAGGGUCCCACCUCUGCACUCAUUAGUCUGUGCACACCAUUUCAUGUACAUACUGUAUCUGUUUCAGGUUUAUUAGAAGACUUAUGUCAUUUUGUUCUCAAUGAAAAAUCUAAUUUGUGGAGGUCAUUGUUUGGUUUUCUUUUGUUUUUGUUAUUGCUUUAUAUUUUAUAACAUGCAGAAAAUAUCCUCUCUCUCUCUCUCUCUCUCUCUAGUUUCAGUUACUGCAAUGGGAACUUCUUCCCACUUUUAUACCUCUUUUUGUUGUCAGUUUCUGUUUUUUGGAUCAUGGAGAAAUGGAAAAUUGUAAAUGGUGACAUUAUUUAUACUGUAAAUGGUUGUUUUCUUAUAAUAUUUAUUGCAUAUCAAAAGAGGCUUCAUUUGAUAAGGGGCUACAAGGUAUUUUAAAAGUGUAGUAUGGUCAUAGUGUAUGGAUAGGGGAAGUGCAAUCGGGGGGGGUGGUUGAAUAUUCAUGGUGCUAGACCCCUCCUUGCCUCAAUGCCCCCUCAUUAAACAGCAUAUAAUGAUGUACAAGAUACAACUCAGACCAACCAUUUGGUGCUUAGAACCAUUUCAACACAGUUUACUGCUAACAGAAAUGGAAUGAUGUCUUUGUACUGUAUUUAACAGAUAAAUACAAGUUUGUUCUUUUUUUACCUUUUUGUUCUUUCCAUUGUAUGAAAUUCAUAAUCUUGUGGCAUUAGUGGUUUCAUGAUGAGCAUUAGCUGUAGUUGUAAUUCUUGACACUUUUGCAGAGAUUCAUAGGGAUGUGACUUUUAAUGGCGUCAAGGUUUCUUGUGUCUUGUCCUCAUUAGUAUUAUUGGAGGAUGUAAUAAUGCUCUUUUUUUCCCUUUUGACUUGUUUGAUUAAUGCUGCACUUGUUUCCAAAAGAACUCACGUAGAAGAAAACCUGAGCCAGACCUGUCUUAAAUCCCUCUGUGAUUUUUCUGUGACAUUGUAUUGCUGUUCAAGAAAAAUAAAAAUGUUUUGAUAAAUUA